CGUCGUCGUCCGUACUUCGUGAACAGGACACCUCGUAGUGUCCGUACGUCCGCGUGCCCAGGCCCGCGGACGCAGCGCAAGCGUUCAAGCGCCCCCGUUCGAGGACGUGCCGUUGAGCCAUCCGGUCGCCUCGCCCGGUUGUAAACCCAGUAAUCGCGGGGUGUUUUUGAAGCACGCCGCCCCGACGAACGCCGGUUCUCGACGCGACGAGCGCAGCGUCGACCCGGUCUUCGCGAAUUUUCACACGUGAGGUACCCGAGCGUACCUUUCGUGCCCAAUUCGAGCAGCGAACAGCGUCGCCGCUCGAGCGAUUGCGUGCGAAAGUCCCAUCGGGCAGACCGCAUCGCACGCCAGAUUCACGCCAUGGCGACCUCUGGGCAACAGCCCCCGGAAGCCGCGCACGCGCCCCCGCAGAGCGCGGCGCAGGCUCAGGCCAACGCCUACCACGAGCAGAUGAAGGCCAAUUACGCGGCGGCGUACGCGGCCAACCCGUACCUGCUCCACCCGCAGAUCAUGGCCAUGAACGCCUUUGCGUCUGCGGCUAACCCGCACCCGCCCAACCUGGUGGAGGUGCAGACGCUCCUGAAGCGCUACGAGCACAUGACGCAGGGCAUGCAGAAGGUGCCCUCGCUGAAGGAGCUCAACGCGAGGGCGCCGCCGUACGCGCCCCCGGGCGUCGCGGACGCCGCACACAUAAAUGCUCUGCCGCCCGCCGUCAAGGUUCCCCCCGCCGUCGCGGCGCCCAACGAGGAGCCGAACGCGGUUGCUGGCGCCGGGGAGGAGGAUGCGGAGGGGAUGCCCGCGCCGUGCGCCGGCAAGGUUUGCGCCAACUGCCGAACGUCCAAGACGCCGCUGUGGCGUAACGGUCCGUUGGGUCCGAAGACGCUGUGCAACGCGUGCGGAGUGAGGUUCAAGCUGGGCAAGCUCCCGCCCCCAGGCGGCUGGCCCCCCGGGCACGUGCCGCCGCCGGCGCCCCCUCGCAAGCGACCCGCGCUGCUCGACUCGAACGGGCAGCCGGUGAAACGAAGCAAGGCGGAGAAGGGCGCCCUACUUGAGAAGGAUGGGGAGAAGGUGAAGAAGAAGCGACGACCGCGGUUGGCGCCGGACCUCGAGGCUGAGGAGGGUGGGGAGUACCUGAGAGCCGGGAAGGUUGCCAAGACCACCGCGCUGCUGACGGAUUACGACGGCGCCGUGCUCCUGAUGGUCCUCGCCGGCAUGUACUCGCACUGAUCCCAACGUACGUCCCGUGCGUGCGUGCAUUACCGCACAUUACCGCGUGCAACGACGCGCACGGAACGAGCCCUGUUGUACCACAAGCCCAUGUACCUGUACCUCCCAUCCAUCCCUCGAGUUCUCCUCGAGUUCUUCAGGAGGGUGCGAACGCGCUACGACGCGAGACUCGGCGACUGAGACGUCGUCGCCGAUGCACCCCCCGGCUCUCCUUCCGCCCCGCGAGGUUGGGGCACCGACUGUACCCGAAUGAAAGCGGUGCCCCUGGCGGGGAGGUUGAGGAGAGAUGUACGGAUAACUGUAACUGUAUCGAUAUUCGGGUCGUGAACCGCCCGCAUUCUUUCCUUCAAACGUAGCUCCCACAAAGUGAUGUAAAGAAAACCGCUCAUCGAAUGAGCGAGUACAUAAAAAAAUU